AUGCCUGUAACUAAUCAGCCGGAUUUGCGUGAAUGGGAGGACGGCCUUUUUGAUUGCACAAACGACGUCAAGAAUUGUAAGUAUUUCAUGCAAAUAUUAACAGUUCACUGGAUUCUGUUCAUUUGGGCCCCGCAUAUUUUGUUCAGCAUUUCUCAGCAUGUAUUUGUACAGUUAACUGCAAAAGAACAGUUGAGAUUUUUUAACUGUUUUAACCGACAUAUUCAACAAAUUCUCCCAAAUAUUUCUCACCAAGAAUGCGUGGAAUUACAUCUAACCUGAGCGUCGACUUUGGCAGUUUAUGAAGUUCGCUAGGUUCGCAACUUCGCUACGUAUUGUUGUAAUCCUCAUACGGUACCAAUUACUAGAAUAAACACUGAAUCCAACCCAUAAAGUCUAAAUGAAUUAUGGCGGAUUCGGCAUAGGAUAAUGAACCGGAGUGAAUGAACUGACGCCUAGAUUUGGAAGUCGUUGUGAUUUCAUCGACGAAAUAGUUAGACUCUAUUCGAACUAUGAAGUUCAUCGUAAAGCACUUUGGUUGGAAAUUGGCCAGAGUCCGCACAUAUCAAAAUGCUGGGUUUGGAUCAGGCAUAGGGUUUGUGGCGAGUUAGGUUGUGGGUUUGGGGUUAGUCGUAGGUCUACAAUAAAGUCAAGGACUGAGUUUGCUUUUGAGCUUACGAUUGGGAUUACCUAUUAGGUUUGAGGUAUUGCUGCACCGUGCGUCCUGUAAGCUAGGACUGUCGUGGGAUUCUAGACUUUCUUCAUUUUCGCGGGAGGUUUGUCAUACAUUUGGUGUCCGAUCUCAUUAAAUGAUGGCUGAAAUCCUGACAUACGUUUUCGAUUAGGAAGGAUUAUUUGGUCGGGGUUGUAAAACUGACUACCUUGCGGCAUAAUCUUAUAACAUUUCGGACUCUGCAGGAUGUCAGCUUUUGAAUACACUACUUCUUAAACUCCUGUAUAAACCGUGCUCGGUAAAAAUGACUACUUAAGGUGCAUGCAUUAUGGCCAUUGAUUUUCGAUGGUCUUGCAAAUUCAAAUAUAUCUGAUGGAAACAAUAAACAAAGAUAUGCGUUCUUUUAGCCGUUAAGUAGACAAUUACGUCUUCUUUAUAUAUUAUACUCAAGAAAGAAGUAUAAGUUGGGUUAAAAAAGUUUCUUUUUAUAAGAUUUCUUAAGUCCUCACAAUGUCCAUCCCCAUAGCAUCGUACCUCGUCGUUUACCAAAGCUCCUCAUGGAAUGUACAACGUAGUCUGAAUCCAUUGAAAACUUUUUGCAUUCUGUACAAUAUCGCUUUAAUGGCACAGAAUAAUAUAUGAUUUGCUUUACGCAGAACGCAUGCACCUUGUACAAUGGAAUCACUAAGCGCUAAUGCAGCGAAUGAUAAGUCUCCAUAUUAUUCGGUAAUUGGAAAACGUUUUUAAAACCUAAUUAUAAUCCUUCCUGGAGAAUAAUAUAUAAAAAAGACGUAAUUCUCUACCUAACGACUAAACGAACACAUAUCUUUGUUUAUUGUUUCCAUCAGAUAUAUUUGAAUUUGCAAGACCAUCAAAAAUCAAUGGCCAUAAUGCAUGCACCUUAAGUAGUCAUUUUUACCGAGCACGGUUUAUACAGGAGUUUGAGAAGUAGUGUAUUCAAAAGCUGACAUCCUGCAGAGUCCGAAAUGUUAUAAGAUUAUGCCGCAAGAUAGUCAGUUUUACAACCCCGACCAAAUAAUCCUUCCUAAUCGAAAACGUAUGUCAGGAUUUCAGCCAUCAUUUUAUGAGAUCGGUCUCUCACCGUAUAUCAGAUUGCCUUUUCAGCAUCGAAUAUGUUCCCCACUAACGAUUUCUGCAUUUCACCUCCGUCUUACUUUAAUUUUCAUGUCCAAAUUGCUCCUACACUUGGGAACAGGGCAGUGUGACUGCUUUAAGCAGCAACUUUAACGAAUUCUCCCAAGUAACUUGCGCCAGAAAUCCAAGAAAAUGCAUCUCGCCUGGGCGUUAAGUGUAAAUGUGCAUGUUUCCGACGUCACUAUGGUGCUUACAAUUCUCCUACGGUACCAGCUGCUUUGAAUAAAUACCAACUCCAGGCCAUAAAAAUCGAACUGAAAUAUGAAUAAUUUAACAUAAGACAAAGAAAUAAGGAUCGAAUCUACGAAGAUGAUCCCCUUUAAUCUAAAAGUCCUUUUAUUUAAUCGUUCAAAUACUCUACUUGUGGUGAAGACUUGAGGCUCCCUGAAACAUCUCCAGCUAUGUUUAGUCAGAAACUGAUCAAUGUCUGCGAAUUGUAUCUUCUUCUACUUCUAUCCGUUUUAGGCAUGCUGACUGCCUUCUGCUGUCCCUGCAUGGUCUGCUAUGAAUAUAAGCUGCAAGAUGAGGGUUGUGCAGCUCCACUGUGUGUAAUUCACCCAGUCCUCGUGCUGGCUUCGCAUUAUCGCGGCAAACAAAAUAUCGAGGUAUGCUUACUCCCUGUUUCUUUGGCCAAUUCUUUGUCGCAGCAAUCAGAUAUCAUUUAAAUUGGUUUUCAGCAAUGGCUCAGCAUAAUUUAUAUUUCUCUGGCAUAGGAAAGAAUUCUAUGAUUCAAACUAACUCUCGAGUUGUGGGAUUUUAACCUCGAAAUAGGCCAAAUCCUGGACGAAUUUAUCAGUUUUUUUAUUAAUUUACAUGCGUCGAUUUUUUAUUGGCUGUCCUACACUUCUGCCCAGGUUUAUUUAUACAAUUGCACAGCCAUCUGUUUAGCUCCAUUUAUCCGAUAUUUUUGGUGAUUAUUUUUUUGAAAUAAUCUCGGUUUUGUUUCCUUUGCAUUAUACGCAGUUGACAUUUCCAUGAUUUAGGUAAGCCAUCGUUAAUGCGAUUUUAGUAUUAAAAUUGACCAUCUCUUGCAUGACUUUACUAGUUACGUUAAGAAUAAAUGCGUCCACGAUGCAGAGCGAUAGUUAACUGGAUGGCUUAUUGCCUUAAUCAAUUCCUGCACGUCAGUCCUGCACAUCGACACUGGAACGACCCACAAUCAAAUAUGCUGCCACGCAAGCUAAAAAGAAAAUAAGUAAAAUGUGACAUUAUGUGGAUAUUUCGGCGGACAAUGUUAAGCAAAAUGGGGAUCAGAAAGAGAGUAAUAACAGAAAAUGUGACGGCUCUUGUAUAUAAGAGUCCAAAGUUGAUUGAACCUCUGUCCACAGUCAAUGGUAAUAAGCAAAUACCCGACUAUGCGACAAACAGAUUCCGUCAGCACUGACUGUCCGACUGCUCUAAUCAGCUGCCUGUUUAAGUGCAUAAAAUUUAUGUCGGCAAAUGCUUUCUUAAAAUAACCGAAAAGCGAUUUUCAUGAUCUGUUACGUCCCUGUGAUGGCAUCCCUUUCAAGAUAUCAGCCAGGUUAUACCUGGAUUCCCACUUCGCGUCAAUUUCUAUUACCAUAAGAGAGUGAAUUACGGGCACCGUGGACCAAGUAUCAGUCCGUGGAUCAAGACGCUAUAAAACACUGACGCUAUCAAUGGCAGCCGGGUUUCAUGCUCAAACCUUUAUGCAUCUAAAUUAUGUCUUGACGAAAAGGAAUAAAAUUGGCGGUAGGCAUUUUAUAGGGUUAGUGAUCUCCCUGCUUAUUCCAAGGGCACGGCUUAUGCAUAUUCCUUGCUCGAUUGUGUGGGUUUCCUGUGGAAAGUGUGUUUUCUACUAAACUAAAUACCCUCAGUAGAGUCUUGAAAACUGUCAGUAUACUCGUGACAACGAAAGUCAGGAUAUUGCUCUAUCCUACGAAGAUGUAUGUGAAUAUCUACGAAAUUCGACAUAAAGUAUCUAGUCGCAGAUGAACGUCCACGUCACUGGUUUCUCUGGCGUUCAUUUGAACAUGUUCCGUUACUGAUGACAAGAGGUGAUUGACAGCAGCCUACCUGUUGCUGGCCGGUAGUCCGCACUGUGAUGAUCGGCGUCCUAUUUAAACGCCUCUCUGCACCACCGGGCUCAUUAGCCUUCUCUGCGAGCGCUUCCAGUCUGCGCGCUGACAGUCUAAACCAAUUGCAAAGAAGACACUUGCUAUUACAAAUCUCUUUGAGCCAAUCACAUUCUCCUUCUCUCUCGGACAUGAUGUAGCUCAGCCAAUACACGUCCUGGCUUGCUAAUUGAAAUUCGGCCUGGUGAUUGCGGCAAUCGAAACAUACCCACAACCCAAGCCGCCACCUUCUGAAAGUCAUGUGAAGUAUUUGCCUACUCUCGGAGAAAAUCCUGUUAAAGUGCAGGGAGUAAUUUUCGUCGACAGAGCACGCCACAGCUCUCUCCUCACGCUGGGCCUCAGUGCAGCCGUGUCCCAAAAUAGCCUUUCCGACUCUUUUCCGUGGCCUUUAGCGUGAGCCAAGCUGACGACCCCGUUCACUUAAAGCCUGUUACCAUUGACGGCGCCGUUUGGUACUCAUGUCUGUUCCGUUCAUUUAUCUGAUAUUUUCGGUGAUUUGUUUUUGUUUCUGUGAAAUAAUCACUGGCUUUGUUUUCUUUGCCCGACACCUACAGGGAAGUCUCAUAAAGGACUGCUGUGUCAGCACAUUCUGCAUGCCCUGCAAGCUCUGUCAAAUACACCGAGAUUUUGAGGCCAACUAG